CUGGGAGUGCAUGCGAUGACCUCUCGGUGUUGCAACGCAUCUAGCCUGCAGACGAGCUAGGGAGCCUCAAAAGUUGGCCUAGAAGCCCAACUGAUAGAAGGCAACACAACACAGCCUUACUCCAUUCUCUUCUCACCGAGCUAAGCCAAGUUGGUUGAACUCCACAGCUCAUUCUCCUCCGGCUCUGCGAUGCGAUUGGCCUUUGGUGGCUGCAAGGCCUGCCCUCAGCAAGUUGCUUCUUCUCCCACGAAGGCGCUUGGGUAUCCUUUUGUUUGCCGCAUAACGCCUUGAGCUUGCCCGUUUCUGUGCCAAUGCUGUUUGAUUCGGUUCCUUUAGUGCUUUGGAUGACACGUCCAACCAGAGCAGUCACCCGAUUGGACACCAUACUGGUGGUAUGCACAUGUCUAAGGCGUCACCAUUCGCGAAGCUUCCUCCCUCACCUACCUACCUACCUAGUCCAGGACCAUCUGUUUCUCGUCGCAGGCCGAUUUAGCUAUUCCCCCAUACACCCACUCUUUGACUCCAUCCCAAGACCACACAUUUGGUCCCAUCUGCUCGCUGCCCUGUGGCUGCCUAUCUGUCUGUUGGUUGCCGAGCGGGAGAUACCACCACGACCCCGCACAAAAGGCCGUGCUCUGUGGUGCCACAAACGUGUUGUCGCUGUAAGCUGUUGCUGUGUGCACCCACGUCACGGAAUUGAGGCUGCACCUCCCCGAGCUCCUUCCUCACAACGCACCUUCCCAACCUGUUGGGCCUUUCCCUCCUCUCAGCCCCUGAAGCUUCUCCGUACGUCCCAGUCCACAGCUGGCCUGGCCCACCGCUGCUCAAAGGGAGGAGCUGAUUGCGCCCCAGGCUGCAGUCACGCACAACCACAAACCACCUACAUUUCCUAGGCUUGACCCAGGCACCAAGAAGCAAGUUCUCUAGGGCACCAGAGUGGCAUCCAGAAAGAGCACGGUGCUAGACGAAACCAGGGCUGUCGUCUCAUCGCCUGCGUCAUCGUCUGGCAUUGGCCCCAUCAAUCACACCCAUCCGCUCGCUUUUUCGCUUGCUUUUCAGCCCGACAGAGCCUCCCCCAAUAGGACAUCUUACCUGGCAGACGCCGAUAUCGACCUGGGUGUCCACCUAUUGACUACCCCGGGCAACUCCUAUGGACAGCUGAUCCAGCCACAGCGUCUCGGCGACACCACUUCGUCGCGCCAUUCCCUUCCUUCACCCCGCUUGUCUUCGCGUUCACCUCGCACUUACCACCACCAUCGCCGCAGAGAUGACGGCACGGAAAUUCCGAGCCGACGCCGCGUUGGCUGCCGCAGAGGCUCUAGCAGGCCGCAUCGACAAUGUCACCUCAGUCGAGAAAGGCGACGAUGGAGAGGUCGUGAUGACCUACGUCGGCGACGGCCUCGCCUCUCCUUUGCAGGUCCGCUUGCUCGCGACCAAUGUGGACGACUACCCUGGCCCUUGUGGGUUUCUUCUCUUCACCGACUGCGACGAUCCCCCAAAGCAGAUCUUGCAGGCGAUGGAGGAAGUUCAAGAUCAUGCGGCAUCCGCUACCAGCUUCACGGUACUGCAGGCCGCUUGUUUGCUGGCGAGGACCCUGACCAGGCGUCUCGACGAAUCACAGAUGACCGACGUCGAUGCCGAUCUCGAGUCUCUGGACGGAGAUGACGAGGAUAAUGGCCUCAGCUUCGAGUCGGACGACGGUGAUGACGCCCAAGAUCACGAAGGCGAAGAUCUAGAUCAUCUGAAUGCUCUUAUGGACGGGCAACCGGCAACGGAUUCUCAUCGGGUGGCUAUACUGUCCGAGCCUGACAAGGCGAUAUAUGCGCGCAUCAAGCGCAGCCUGCGCAAGGUUAGAGACGCCGGCGGCCGAGUUGGUAUAAUAAGCGGCAUGAUGCCCAAUUCGACCACCAACAUCGUCUCGAUAUCCACCCGUAUUCGCAAUCUGCGCCUCUCGGAAGAGGCCCUCGGGGCUUGGGGGCUGUCUAAUUCGGACUACAUCGUUCUCUUGAUCCAGUAUCAGGGCGGAUUCCCGUUCCUUGAGCAUAUCAUGGAACGGCCAGCCUGCAUGAACGAGAUGAAGUUCCGCAUCGCAAAGUGCGCCAAGUACAAGCCGACGCUGUCCCAAGCUAUCAAUGCCUUCGACGAGCGCAACAACUGGGGGCCCCAGAGUGGAGACGACGAGGCACAGGAUGCAGCGCCACCACUCGACCGCAUCUUCCUUUCACGAUCACUGGAUCUCUACAUGAGCCAGUACUUCAUAUCUUUGCUCAAGAUCCGGGGCGAGGCGGGCGGCGGCAUGUCGUGGGACGAUGCCAACAGCCGCCUGCUUGACCGCAUAGGCAGCACCGAAGAAUCCGGUGGUCCUCCCCCCAAGCGCUCUCGUAAGAGCAAGGGGACAUCAAAAGACCUGAACGACCAUCUCGCCGACGAUGACAACGAGAAGAGCGUUCUGCUAAUCAGUUGGCAGUUCGCGAUGCUGUACUUGGUGGACUGCACCAAGUAUUGCCUCCGAUGCCACCGCGCCAUCGAGAGCGGCUUCGGGUCUCUCAAGCCCUUCGUCUGCAGCAACUCCCUCUGCCUAUUCCAGUAUAUGCAGAUGGGGCUUGGGCCCAGCAUCGAGCAUGAGAUCAUGCUUCAGCCAACCGUGGUCGACCUCCUAGUCAGCUUCUGCUACGUCAGCGCCCAGCCAGUAGUCCGACCUGCCAGCUUCGACGCCCAGAAGUUCGCCAUUCGCGAGUUCCCAGUCGGACUGUCGCUCAAUGUCCCAGACAUAUUUCACGCGCCAUGGCAUCAACGAGCUCCGGAUUGCAUCCCGGUUCAUGUGGACGUCUCGUCCGCGACAGCUACGCUCUAUAACCGGAGCGACUGGCCCGAGGACCUGCGGCCAGGGAGGUGGUUUGUGCUGCUACCCAGCACCUACUUGAAGGAGGGAGGUGCGUUGUUGACGCAGGAGGAGUCCAAGACGUUUGGGCCAUACACCCGACCAGCCCCACACACCGCCACCCUGGAUCCCAGCUACCAACACGCGGUUGCUCAAGAAAAUCACACCGGCUUGACAUUUGGCAUCAUCAUUAGCACUGACCCUGCCGAUGGCAAGUUGACGUUCUUGGUUGGCGGCCGAACGGGUCAGCUGAAGGAUCCCUCUCAACACCAAAACACACCUCUCCAAAACGGGGGCACGCACAUUGCUCUCUUCAAUGUCGAUUUCGAUAGCUUGCAUGAUGCCGGAAAGGCAAGGGCGAUCCGCUUCAUUCUCAACACACUGCCACCCAUCCCUACCAUCAAGCACUUCUUGAGCAAGAACACGAACAGCCGGGUGCGCGGCAUGCCGAAUGUGCCGCCAGCAGCCAUGACUCUCCUAGAGUGGAUCGUGGCCACGAACCGGUCUGUCAUCCUGCAGAUCGAGGACAAGGACGAAGCAGAGCCCGAAGCAGUCGUGGCCCCUCAGCCUCCUCAAUCCCACAAUCAGCCGCCAAUGGCUCCCGUCUCAGGACCUAAUGGCGGGCCACCAGCAGCUCCUUUGCCACCGCCUGCGGCUGCGGCCGUUGCCAUAGGACAGCCCAAGAGACCGGGGGGUGAGAAAGUGCCAGAUAUGGACAACUUCCUGCAGUUUCGGUUCGCCCAGGGCUCUCCAGAUAAGGAGGAACGCUUCAACAAGGAGCUGGAACGUGCAGUCGAGGACGAGAAUCUUGUGUACCCGACCAUCUUCGCAUGGCAUGGAAGUUCCAUCGUCAACUGGCACAGCAUAAUCCGGACGGGGCUCGACUAUAAAGACACAGCCAACGGCCGGGCCUACGGCCACGGCGUUUACUUUAGUCAGAAUUUCCACACCAGCAUAGGAUAUGGCCUCAUCAGUGCUUCGAGCAACUGGUCUUCGUCCCAGCUCGACAUAACCACAGCCAUUGCCCUCAGCGAGCUUGUGAAUAUCCCCGACCGCUUCCAGAGCCGCCAUCCGCACCUGGUGGUCCAGAACGUUGACUGGCAACAGUGCCGCUAUCUCUUCGUUUCCAAAAUCCACCCUCACUCGCAAUUUAACAACCCGGGCAUAGCCAAUUAUCCAUCAGCCGCAUCCCACGACCCCAUAUCUCGCUUCGUCAUCCAGGACCCCGCGAUGUGUGUUUUUGGGCCUGGCAACCAGGCGCUGAAGAUUCCCCUCGCCGCCAUCCCGUCUUCAAGGACUAUCGAUCAGGGACAACGACAACAGGCAGCUCCUACAGUGCAGGCGCGAGACGAGUCGGAUGAGGAGGAUCAGGCUGACAAGGCCUUCUUGGGCGACGAUGACGCCGACGACGAGGACGACAUCAUUGUCAUUUCCAGCGAUGAUAAUGACAGCAGCGUGCAGGAGAUUAGCCCACCUCCUCCUCCGCGCCCUGCGAACCUCACAGACUUCCGAGCCGGGGCCCUGGACUUGAGCUCUCUGCCACGCCUGCAACCGCCGCAGAAUGCAGGCAGCGCCGGCAAGCACCUGUCGAGACAGAUCAUGAUCCUGAGGCAGAUCCAGCAGUCUACGCCUCCCCACGAUCUGGGAUGGUUCAUCGACUUUGACAACAUGGAAAACAUGUUCCAGUUGGUGGUGGAACUGCACAGCUUCGACAAGAACACCCCCCUAGGCCAUGAUAUGGAUAAGCAUGGCGUCCAGUCGGUAGUGCUAGAGCUACGCUUUGGUGAAUCCUUCCCGUUCUCGCCGCCAUUCGUUCGCGUCAUUCGCCCACGGUUCUUGCCGUUCCUGAAUGGAGGAGGUGGUCAUGUUACGGCGGGUGGCGCUAUGUGCAUGCAGCUGCUCACGUCGGAUGGCUGGAGCGCCGCCUGCAGUAUAGAGAGCGUCCUGGUCCAGGUGCGAUUUGCCAUCACAUCGACGGAGCCGCCAGCGCGUCUAGCUAAGGCCUACCUCUACGGCACCACAGACUACGGCGUUCACGAGGCAAUCGAGGCGUACAGGCGCGCGGCGCAGUCGCACGGUUGGAGGGUGCCUGAAGAUCUGAACCGCACAGCCAACCCGGAGGGCUCUUUUGUCUAGUGAGAUAUUUGAGAGGAAGCCUCGGCAGCGAUUGCCGUGUGCGUACUCGUAAAGAGAGGUACGCGUGAAGUGUGAGAUUGGACUUGUGUGUAUGGGGGGAUAGAGAAGCAGCAUGUCUUCACGUCAUCAGCGGGCCCAAGAUGAGAAGAAAUAGGUGGAUAACAUCUCAGAGCCAAGGAGCGAUGGGAAAACGGAACCAUAGUGCACACAGAUUCCUUCGGCGUAUCCCUUUCACGAUAUCGGCGAUGCAUAUCGAUGAAGAUAGCUUAUCCAUUCUAUGUACGUACCUAGCUAUGUGACCUGGGCUGGUUGCGCUUGGUGGUUGUCCAUCUACAGGUACCUACCUAGUUGUGCAAAGCAACAAAGAGUUGAGCACGACGAUCAAGUAAAAGUCAGCGCCUGGCGUGACGGCAAUUUGAACCUGGAUUGUUUGAACGGAUGCCGUUAUUCAGCAUAGCCGUUGAGCUCACAACAUAUCACGACUGAUAGGUGAGAUAUCUGGUCAUGUGUCUUUUCUUUUUCAGACUGUAAUCAACCAGCCUCCUUUCCCGUUCAUACAAAGCCAAACAAACCCC